GUUACGGGAUUAUUUUACCUCCCCUCCAAGAUAACGACCCCGGCCCCUCUCUCGGCGCCACCAGAUGAGUUAAACUGAAGAUAUCGCCUCACAGCCCACAAAGCGCUAGAGUGUUGACUUCUCUCCUCUUUACUCUUGAACACCUUCUUCUCCUCCCCUCCCCCCUCUUCUGACUUUCUUACCCCUUCCCCUCUCUUCUUCUUUUGGUCGAAGAAGAGAUCCCCUCCUCCCCCCUCUCAUUCUCUCUCUCUCUCUGUGUGUCUCUCAACACACCCCCAGCAAGAUGCAGGACGAAGAGAAGCACCCCGUCGAGUCCAAGAUCGCCACCUCGCCCUACGGCUCCGGCGACGACGAUGUCUCGUCUCGACCGAGUCGCGGCGGCAGUGGGAUCCUCGCCACCCUCCGUGGCUGGGAGGAUGCCAUGGACCGCAAGAUCGGCGUCGAGACGCACGGCAUCGAGCGCCGCCGCCCCGAGGACCGUGAUCCCAACUACGCCAGCUUCUCCAACCAGGCCGUCAUGUUCCUCAUGUGGAUGAGCGCCACCACCAACCUGAGUUGCUUCACCACCGGCUUCCUGGGCUGGGAGCUGGGCCUGGACCUGUGGAGGAGUAUUGUCAUUAUCAUCUUCAGCUCGCUGAUCGGAAGCGCCGUCACUGGCUGGUGCGCGACAAUGGGUCCUGGCACAGGCCUCCGUCAGGUCUCCAUCUCCCGCUACUCUAUGGGCUGGUGGCCCUCCAAGGUGAUUGCCCUGCUCAACGUGAUUGAGCAGAUCGGCUGGUCCUCGGUCGGCUGCAUCACCGGCGGCCAGGCCCUGUCUGCCGUGUCGGACGGCACCCUAGGCUCCGAGCUGGGCGUCAUCAUCGCUGCCGUGUGCGGCUUUAUCGUCUCUUUUGUCGGUCUCAAGGCCGUCUUCACCUACGAGAAGUUUGCCGGCAUGAUCAUCGCCGUCAUCAUGGUCAUCAUGUACGGCUAUGCCGGCCACUUUGCAGACGUUAGCACCCCGCCCACCGUCACCGGCGCCACCCUCUCCGGCAUGUCGCUCACCCUCUUUGCCGUCCUGUACGGCUCGUCUGCCUCGUGGUGCUCCAUCGUCAGUGAUUACUAUGUCGAGUACCCCGUGAACACGAGCAAGGUCAAGGUGUUUGUCUACACCACCCUUGGAAUUGGCCUCCCCACCUGCCUUGGCAUGAUCCUCGGCGCCCUCUGCGGCUCUGCCCUCAACUACAAAACCGACUGGUUGGACGCUUGGGAUACCGGCAUCGGCUUCUUCAUCCAGACCAUGGUGCACCCGGUCGGCUUUGCCAAGUUUCUCCUCGUCCUCCUUGCCUUCUCCGGCAUCGCCAUGAACGCCAUCGCCCUCUACUCGGCCGGCCUCUCCGUCCAGCAGUUCGCCCGCCCCCUCUCCGUCGUGCCCCGCUUCGUCUGGACCGCCGUCAUGUUCGUCCUCAUUAUCCUGCUCGCCCUCGUCGGGCGCGACAAGCUCCUCACCUUCCUCCAGAACUUCCUCUCCCUGCUCGGCUACUGGAACACUAGCUUCUUCGUUAUCCUCUUCGUCGAGCACUACCUCUACCGCGGCGGCGCCUCCGGCUUUCAGGGCUAUGAUCUUGAGGCCUGGAACGACCCCUCCCGCCUGCCUUUUGGCUGGGCCGGCGGCUUUGCUUUUGCCGCUGGUAUCGCCGGUUGCGUUGUCGGUAUGAGCGAGACCUGGUACGUCGGCGCCCUGGCCGCUAAGAUUGGCGACUAUGGCGGUGAUAUCGGUAACCAGCUGGCGCUGGUCUUCACGCUGGUGGUCUAUGUGCCUGCGAGGUAUCUGGAGAGGAAGUACACCGGCAAGUAAGCAUCCGCAGUUGUUGCGAGAGCUGAAUGACGCCGAUUUCUUCCAUUUCUAUAUGUGUAUACCUGUUUCAUAUACAGACACGUACAUAUGCAUAUGUAGUAAUAAUGGCCGUUCUGCCUGGUCAAACGAU